ACAUGAACAUCUUGGAUGACAUGGGGGUGAGUAAAUUUAUCAGGAAAAGUGUAUUUAAAAGUGGACUAAUCCUUUAAAUGGUAUAAUAUACAAUUAUAUUGUAAAAUAUAGACAAUAUGUAUUAUACUGCCCUUAUUCUGAUUUUAAUUGGAAGUUUUUUAAUGUAGUAAUAAUAUAUAAUAUUAUUAAUAAUUACAAAACUUUACAUCAUUGGGGGAAAAUUGUCUUAAAUAAUUGUUACACUCCAAAAAUGUCUUUUCCAAAUUCCUUCAGUUUCUUGCAAAAUUACUUUUGAAGUGAAAUAUGAUCCAGGCAGGUUUUGUGAGACUCUUUUGUGUAUGCUGAGUAUGUUGUAAUAUUACAAUUACAAUUCAUUGCACAGUUAUUAUUUAUGCAUAAUUCAUUACAUUUUUUUUUACAACAGUUGUGUUAGUUGUGCUACUAUAAUAUUUGAACAAAUAUGUUGUUUAAAAAUUGUGGCUAGUUUUAAUGUGACGGCUGAGAAAGAAUCUUCUGAAAUCUCGGGUGGCAAAAUUUACACCAGUUUAGUGUGAAAUCUAUUACUGUCGCCUCUCGCUCUAGUGAAGCGGCACGACGUGCGAGAACCGUGACUAAAGCUAGCAGCAUUAGCACACGCAUGGCAGCAGCAGCAAAUAUCAGUCUUUAGGAAGCAUAUCACAACAGCAUAGAGCGACGUCAGCACGUUAACGACCCGAUUAACGUUCCAGAUCCCACCUUUGAUGAUAAGCCCCUGCCCAAAUGAGAAUAAACCCCAUGGAGACAAUGAAGGCCUGUUUGAUGGCUGAAAGGCCGUGGAGUUUGGAAUUGAUAAUUUUAUUUGCUUCCUCAUUCCUCUAAGUGACAUCAGAGGUCUCACAUUAUGUAUUUUCUGAAUCUGAACUGCUUUUAGAGUGUUUGUGGAAAGUAUGACGGCGGCACUCUUGCCACAACGUAUUGUUGAAUUUUGUGUCCAGAUCCACAUUUUUCCAUCUAAAUUUCAUUUGACUUCAAUCUCGUUUGGCAUUCUAGGAAGAAAUAGUCCUCGUAAAGGAGCGUAGCAUCAGACUGGGAUGGCAUGCUAUAAUGUCCCUGAUCCGUGAAGCGUUUGGUGUAUGAGUGAACGGCCGCUGACUUGCAGCAGAGCGGAAAGACAGAUUCUGGUGUCGGCUCACUGUGUGGGAGGUGCACCCAAUGUAUGAUCUCAUCGUUCACUUUGAGAUGACCAAGGAGAACUGAAAGACACCCUGGCGCCACCUCAAGGUUUCUAUUUCUCUGUCUCCUGUCUCCGCUCCUCUAUGGGUUCCCGAAGUCAGGGGUUCUUCCACCACCAAGAUCAACAUCACCACCACCAUAACCACCACCACCACCACCGCGGUUCAGUGGUGCCCACGGCCAUCCCCCGACUGGUGCCCGAGACCAGCAGCCUGUUGGGGGGCAUCGCCCAGAUCACUCCUUCCCUGUUCCUGGGCCGGGGGAAUGUGGCAUCCAACCGCAGCCUUCUCCUGUCCAAAGGGAUUACCUGUGUGGUGAACGCCACCAUUGAGCUGCCCAACUUCAACUGGCCACACAUGGAGUAUGUGAAAGUGCCGCUGGCCGACAUGCCUCAUUCGCCAAUCUCGCUUUAUUUUGACAGCGUGGCUGAUAAGAUCCACAGCGUGGGCCGCAAACGGGGAGCCGUGCUGGUGCACUGUGCGGCUGGGGUGAGUCGCUCCGCCUCGCUCUGUUUGGCCUACCUCAUGAAGUACCAUAGAGUUUCCCUGGCAGAGGCUCACGCUUGGGUCAAGGCCCGCCGACCUGUCAUUCGUCCUAAUGGAGGGUUCUGGCGACAACUCAUUGAGUACGAGAGGAAACUGUUUGGCAGGAACUCUGUGAAAAUGAUCCAGACACCAUACGGUGUCAUUCCUGACGUGUACGAGAGGGACCGCAGGAACUUGGCACCUUACUGGGGCUUGUGAAGUGGGUGUUUGGACUUUGGUUCAAGCGUAGAGGACGGGUCCAAUAACCGAUCUUUGACUUCAUUGUCUUCCGGGCUCUUUCCGUACGUCCACGUGUCCCCUCUGCCAGAGUUUAAAGCGAGACAGGAGGGAAGAAGUCACUUUGACUCCAUAUUUUAUGAGGUCAGGAGUGAUAAUUCAUCCUUGAAUGCUGAAAUGAAUCUUGGCGAUGAUAACGGUUUUUGGGGCACUUUGGGAACCAAGUGUAGUUCUGAGAAUCAGAAAUUCAGUCCUUGGUUAAGACUUACCAAACGUAAUAUUGUGAGGAUGUUGUUUCACUUUUGGCUGUCGUUGUUGAGAGGCAGCAGUCUGAUCUUGAUUACUAGUAGCAUUUGAAAAUUAUAUAUAUAUAUAUAUAUAUAAAUAUUAAAAAUAUAUUAUAUUCCAAGGUGUAUUUAAACGUGUGCAGAAAAAAUAGUAAAAAAAAAAAAAAAAAAAUACAAAGAGAUAAAAGGUUUGGAAGGUUUUAUGAAGAGUUUAACAGAAAGAAGCUACAAAGUUUAACAAAUUUGUAAACUAUUUGUGUAUAUUAAAGGACAAUUUAUUGAGCAUACCAUGAACCCUGUGUUGGGAUUUGUAACAUCAUUGCAAAUACAAAACAGUUGCUAGGCACAGGCUAGUAAUUUUUUUCAAUGAAUUAUAUUUUGUCUAUUUGGUCUUUUUGCAAUUCUACUCAGUUUUUAAUUUUAACUCAAGAUGUUUAUUUCAAAUGUUUUCUGCAGUAAAGCAGUACUAAAGGACAUCGACGAGAGAACUCCUAGCAAAGCUUUUACUAAUUCAUGUUAAAAAAAAAACUGAAUUCAUGUAAAAGAGUUCAGAUUUAAUUAGUGUGAUAAAAUAAAGGGUGUAAUAUUUGAA